UUCAUUGAAUAGACGUGUGAUUCAACAAGCAAGACAAAAAAAAGAACAAUAACAUUAGCGAGUGAAACAGUAAAACGCAUUUUGCAAAGAAGAUUUAUGUAGGUUAUUGAUGUGCAGUUAAAAAAUUCAUUAAAAUUAUAUUUCGUCGGAAAAAAGUUUCUUUUUGUAUCGAACACAAAGGUUACAAAAUAUUUAAAUAAGGAAAGUAAAACUUUUAUGCAAAUCGCAUAUGAACAAACAAAAUACGUGAAUCUAAUAUUAAUUUUAAAAAAUAGAACAUGAGUUGUUAAAGUGAUAAAAGGCUAAUUAGUUAAACGAAACCAGUGAAGGUCUGUGAAAAAAUAAAACAAAAGAUGACGUCAGUUCCAAAGAAAGGCCUCAUUUUAGAGGAUGAUCAAAAGUUUAAACUUAUGAAGUUUAAACGUUCAGUGCAUGACAUCCUGAAACCAGAACAUGAUGAUUAUUAUCUCGUUAGAUGGUUACGGGCGAGAAAAUGGAAUCCAGAAGCUGCGGAGAAAAUGUUUCGUGAUUCUAUGAAAUGGCGCGAACGAAUGGAAGCCGAUAUAGUUGAAAAAUGGGAAAGCCCGGAAAUUCUCGUAAAACAUUGUACACACGGGCUUAGCGGAUUCGACAAAGGAGGAAGUCCUAUAAUUAUUGUUCCAUUUGCCGGCAUGGAUGUUUAUGGACUUUUACAUGUCGUUAGUCGAUCCGAUUUUUUGCGACACAUUUUGAAAACGUUAGAAAACUACAUGAAAAUUGCGCGGAAACAGAGUGAAGUUCAUGGUCCGGAAGCACGACAAUUUAUUGUUGUCUUUGACAUGGAAGGAUUUUAUUUGAAACAAUUUGCAUGGAGACCUGCUGCAGAAGUUGUUAUCAGUCUCAUUAAGAUGUACGAAGCUAAUUAUCCGGAAAUCCUGAAGUAUUGUUACAUCAUCAACGCACCUAAAGUUUUUGCCUUUGCAUUUAACAUUGUCAAAAAAUUCUUUGACGAAUACACGUUGAGCAAAAUCCAUAUUUACAAAACUGAUCGUAACAAAUGGUUACCCGAAUUAUUGAAACGAAUGGAUGCAUCACAAUUACCUAAAUAUCUCGGCGGAGAAUUGACUGAUGAAGAUGGCGAUCCAAAAUGCAAAAAAAUAAUUUGUUUUGGAGGUCGUGUGCCUAAAGAACUUUAUGUUACGCAAGACGAUGGUUUCAUCAGCAACAACAACGAAACCGUUUACAAAGAAGCUGUCAUUAAGAAAGGAGGCAAACUGAAACUUGAAUUUGAGUGUACAGAACCCGGUUGUUAUUUGAAAUGGGAAUUCCGUACAUUAAAUGACGACAUAAGAUUCGGUGUGCGAUCAAUUCAUAACGACACAGAAGAAGUAACUAACGAAAUACCCAUGAGACGAUGUGCCUCGCAUCAAGGCAAUGAAAUUGGCUUUAUAAAGUGUCAACCGAAUUGCUUGUACAAAGUGUGUUUUGACAACACAUAUAGCUACUUCAAGAGCAAAAAGAUACAGUAUUCAGUUGAGAUGACAAAUACUGUUGGAGACUUUGAUGAGGAUAUCGCAGAAACUGACGAAGAUUUAACGGUUCUUAAAACGUUGGAUAUCGACGCAGAAAAUGUUUCUAUCAAAAGCAAUGAAUAGAAGGACAAUAAUUUAUCGUAGAUAAAACGAACU